GAGGCAGAAUACAGGAUGAAGAGAAUAGUCAGCCAUGGGAGGGGUGAAAAUGCUGGCUGAGUGCAAAAUACCUUGGGCGUGGUUUGCAAUUGUUUCCAUAUGCAUGCCGAGGGUCUUUGGAUCUCAGAAACAAGGCAGGAUAAAGCAGCAAGAGGUGCAGAGCAGUUGUGUCUGCCUAAAAGUCAGCUAAAUCAGGUUUAAGGGGACGGGAGGAACACUCCGAGACAUGGCAACCCUCAGCAGUAACGACGAGGAGAAUUUGAAGGAGGUUGAACACCACUCCCACGCAAAGGAGGAACCAGAGGAGCCAACCACUCGGACAUCUGGCACUCCAGUCCCACAAGAUGUGUUGUGUGACUCCUGCCUGGACAGCCCCAGCAGGGCCAUAAAAUCCUGCCUGACCUGUCUGGUUUCUUACUGUGAGGCCCAUCUCAGACCCCAUCGGGAGAAAACCAAAUUCCAGAACCACCGUCUGGUGGAUCCCCUCCACGACAUCGACUGUGGGACCUGUGCGGUUCACCAGCUUCUUCUAGAACGCUUCUGUCUGACGGACGGCUGCUGUGUGUGUGUGGACUGCGAGAGCCAAGAGCACAAAGGACAUGCAACUGCACCUGUAGGGGAGGCACGCGCACAGAUUGAGACUGAGAUGCAGAAGGAACAAGAAGAGAUCAGUCAGAGUACCUCCGCAGCAGAGAAAACUAUUGAAAAGCUGCACAGCAACAAUGACUCAAUAAAGUCUUCGGUGCAGGAGCUUUGUGUGUCCGUUGAACAGCAGUUUGCCAGGGUGCAGUCAGCUGUGAUGGAGGCCAGGAAGGGGGUGAUGGAGGUGCUGGAGGGAGAGCAGAGACGAGCGCUCCGACAGGCCGAAGGCAUCCAGGCCCAUCUGGAGCAGAGGGGAACGGAGCUGAUGAAGAUGUUGGCUCGAAUGAACAAAAUGUCCAGGAUCAAGUCCGAUGUCGACUUCCUGAAGGAGUACUCAGAGUGGAAGAAAGGAGCGGCAGAUGUACGUCUGCCCAGUGUGCACAUCAACCGCUUGGACCAUCUGACCUCUUAUGUACAAGUGUUGACUGAUGCUACGCAGAAGCUGUGCGAUGUGAUUCUCUCCUCCUACAGGGACAAACUGGGAACGUUUUGUAAAGGUUCUAAAUCCCUGAUACCAGAACCUACCUGCCUGGCUGAUCCUGAGACCCGAGAGGACUUUUUGAAAUACACGACGAGUUUGACCUUUGACCCAGACACCACCCAUCACUUCCUGCGCGUGACGGAGGACAGCAGAAAGGUCACCAACACCAGCCCCUGGCAGCACAGCUACCCGGACCACCCGGAUCGAUUUGAGUACUGGCGGCAGGCGAUGACGUCGCAGAGCGUUUACCUGGGGAGGCGCUACGUGGAAGCAGAGCUGAGUGGGGAAGGUGCCCACGUGGGAGUCACAUACAAGAGCAUCGAUCGUAAGGGCGAGCAGAGCUCCUGUUGCAUCACGGGGAAUGACUUUUCCUGGUGCAUGGGAAGGAACAGCCGAGGUUUCUUUGCCUGGCAUGCAGGGCUGGAGACGGCUUUGGAAGGCACGGAAAUCAAAAGAAUUGGCUUGUAUGUGGACUUUCACCCGGGCUCCGUGUCUUUCUAUGACACAACAGGUCCCAUGAGGCUGCUCCACAGGUACCAGGUUGAUUUCAUAGAGCCUUUAUAUGUUACCGUCUGGCUGUCAAAGAAAGACAAUGUGGUUUCUCUGGUUGACGCAGAAUGAGGCCUCUUCCCACGUUUCACUAACUCAAACUGCCAAGUGCCAACACGGUGGGCUUGUACAGGAACAAAAAAAUAUGGCACUAUAAACUUUACAUAACGAGUUACAUGAGGAUUCUUUUUCCCAUUCCUGUCACCGAAAGACAAAUUUACCACCAUCUAGUGGUAACUGCAACAUGAGCACUAGAAACCCGUGCAGCAGCAGGUGUAUUCGGAGUUUACUGAAGCUUUAUUGCACUUUUACUGCUCUUGAAUGGGAAAUAAACGAGGAGGGAAAAAAGUACACACAUGCAUGCCAACAAAUCAUUUUAUUUGUCUCACAAGUUUAUUCAGUUAUUAAAAUCUUAAAUGGCUGUCA